ACGCUUUAUCGGCCUUUUCCAUUUUCGCUGUCGUGGUGAAGGUGCAACAGUUUUCGGUCGUCCCGAAUCCGGGUUCAUCCGACACCCUCACCAAUUCUAAUCGAACUGAGCUCAACAUCAUCUGAUACACCAUGCCUCCUAAAUUCGAUCCCAACGAGAUUAAAGUCGUGUACAUGAGAUGCACAGGUGGAGAGGUUGGUGCCACUUCCUCGCUGGCCCCCAAAAUCGGACCUUUGGGUCUUUCCCCUAAAAAGGUGGGUGAUGACAUUGCAAAGGCCACCGGUGACUGGAAGGGCCUGCGAAUCACUGUGAAGCUGACCAUCCAGAACAGACAAGCAGCGAUUGAGGUGGUCCCAUCAGCCUCUGCCCUCAUCAUCAAGGCACUGAAGGAACCUCCUCGUGACAGGAAGAAGGUCAAGAACAUUAAGCACUCUGGAAGUGUUACUUUCGACGAGAUCAUAAAUGUUGCCCGUGUCAUGAGGCCACGAUCUAUUGCCAGGGAACUUAGUGGUACCAUUAAAGAGAUUCUUGGCACAGCUCAGUCUGUAGGCUGCACCAUUGAUGGUCGUCCUCCCCAUGAUGUCAUUGAUGACAUCAACAGUGGCAAAAUUGAAUGCCCAGCUGAGUAAGAAGUGGAUUCAAGACAAAAAAAUAAAACCGUUAAAAUGACAAAA